CCGUAUGAACUUUAUACGCACAUCUGCGACAACACAACGGAGGAGAAGAAAACAUGGAGCUGUUUGUGAUUUCACCUCAUUUGAGAUUUACUAAUGUAACUAUCGCUGCGGGCUCGACUGUCAGUAAUCUGAUCGAUCAUUUCACCUCUAAAGAGGGAGCCUCUUUCACAGAUUUCUACGUGAAGAGUAAUGGCCGCAUAUUUCACAGUAAUGAUUUGCUUCAGACUGGAGUGCUGUACCGUGUGGAGCCUCGGUUAUAUGGGGGAAAAGGAGGAUUUGGCUCUAUGUUAAGGGCCCUCGGUGCACAAAUUGAAAAGACCACCAACCGUGAGGCUUGCAGGGAUCUGAGUGGAAGGAGACUGCGAGAUGUUAACCACGAGAAAGAAAUGGCAGAGUGGUUGAAAAAGCAGGCGGACCGUGAGGCAGAGAAGGAGCAGCGUCGUUUGGAGCGAAUUCAGAGGAAACUGGCCGAGCCGAAACAUUAUUUCACUGACACGAAUUACGAGCAGCAGUGCCACGACCUCUCAGAGAGACUGGAGGACUCCGUACUGAAAGGCAUGCAGGCUUCUACUAGUGGGCUCGUGCAGGCAGACGAGGGGCCAAGCCGCAAGCGUCCGACUCCGACCAACAAGCAAAAGAAAGCAAAAAGGAAAUGUUUCUGGACUGGCGUUGGGGGACUGGAUGAGAUGGGUAGCUCCGGUGAAGGCAGUGAUGACAGUGACAGCGAAACAUCUCCCUCUUCCUCUGGAGCUUCCUGUAGUUCUGAUGUACCCAAACCAGCUUUACUGCCUUCCACGUGCAGGAGUCAGCACAGAACUGAACCUCAGGACCAGCCAAGCAGCACCAGCAGCUCCUCCUCAUGUCUUGCACCCUGCACCCCAACAGACAGCCAUGGGACAGAGGAGGUAGAGAGGGAGGCAGAGAAGGAAUAUACUCCGAGCAGGAGCACUGAAGAGGAGAAAGUACAAAUGCCAAACCCAGAAGCACAAAACUGCCCAGCUGAGAGCAGUCAGACACAGGAACUGGUGGAGGGUCCAUUGGAUUUGCUCUCUGUGAGUGGGGUGGAGCAGCUGGAGUCUCUGGGUCUGGAGAGGCUGAAGAACGAGCUGAUGGAGCGAGGGAUGAAGUGUGGAGGAACACUGCAGGAGCGUGCUGCUCGUCUUUUCUCCGUCAAAGGACUGAUUCCAGAUCAGAUUGAUCCUGCGCUCUUAGCCAAACCCAGCAAGGGCAAGAAGAAAUAACUUGCUUCUGAACCACAGAAUUAUUUUUUUCCCAUUUCUGUUCUGCUUUCUUUAUAUUUGGCACAUCUUAAUUUAUUAUUAUUAUUUUUAAGAUAUGUAAUAUGGGGGGAGUGGAAUUAACACCUAAUUACACAAAUUUUGGGGGGGAAAGAUGGUGUGUGCUAGAAUUUGAAUUCAUGACAUCAGCAUUUAUUUCAGCUGCUUGAACUGUCAUGUUGUUUUUUACUCUUAAGUCUCAUUUAAGACCUUAUCACUUUUUGUUUGUUUUUCUUUUCUUUAUAAUUUCAUUAGUAAAACGGUAACAACAUGCGAGACUCAGGCUAACCUUUUUUUGAUAUGCACAAUUUCUUUAUGGUUGCAUAGUUUAAAUAACUAUUUUGAUUCAUACAGUCAAUAACAGUUUCAUAGAGAAAGUUAUGCAACAACUGUGCAAGAGGAACUGGCUGUUUUACAUCUGACAGGUUCACAUUGCAUAAUGUCUGAAUUUUAUGUGUGAUCAUGUAUUUCACUCUCUGUUUUAUGGUUGAGUAAAAAAUGUAUUGCGUUA